CAUUACUCCAAGAGGAGGGCAAGUAAAUCCAUUGCAGGUAAUCCAAGAAUUCUGAUGUGGAAUAUUUAAAAUGUACUGCUUGGUAGACUAAUAUAUUAUUUUAUAGAUGCCUGUUUAAGAGGGCAGUGCCUGUCUGUCUAGGAUCCUAUGUAAAUAUAUUUUAUAUCUUUCAGCAACCACAAAUAAGACUGCUCCAUGGCAUUAAGGUAAGCAGAUGAACCUGUCAAGUUUUGGGGUGAAUGGGCUAAGGAGGUGGGACACUGAAAAAGGGUACAUUGUCACAACAGAAAGUCUUGUUUAUCCCAAAAGCAUCAAAGCAGGUUGGGUAAUGCAAAAAAACAAGAUCAGGAAGGCAAAAAGUCAGUGCUGGUGGCACAGAUUACAGUCAAGAGCAAGCAAUCAGCACACAGGAAAUCACUGAAUGAGCGUUGUCUGUGUCACACAGGUUUACACACACGUAAUAUAUUAAAAAAUAGUACAAGCGCUAAUAAUCCAACUAACAAGAUAAAUAUAGACAGCAAACACUGAUAAAAAGGGAUACUCUCAAUUCCAUGAAGGAUAAAGGAGCAAAAUAUAAUGUAACUAGUACAGGUUGCACCAAAAUAUAAGAAAAUAGGAAAAUUCUGGAAAAAGGACCAAAAUAUUCACAGUACUGCCAGGUGGUAUUGCUUCGUGCUUUGGUGUUUCAUGGACACAUGAAAAACUCAACUAAUACCUGAGCAGGGAACUGAGUGAAAGAAUACUUUUAUAAGAUGGUGGGAGGUGACACGCCUACUAAGGGAAAUGUCAGAGCAUCUAUAGUACUGGGGAGUGACAACAAGUCUACACACUGCCAGCAAAUGUACACCAUGAUGGUUGCCACCUUAAAACCUUUUUUAAUAUGCUAAUCCUUUAAUCAAGUAUUGAAAGGAAAUAGAUUUGUUUAAUUAAAUGAAGUAAUUAGGAAAUCUUGUCCCUGCCUUUAGAGUAUGACAGGAUCCUUCAGCCAUAUACAUUCACCUUGCGUCAAAAAGUAUUUCACAGUUAUUCACUAAAGUCUUAGUGGCCAUGUACUGAAUGGGACAAAAAACAUCCAUCUGCGUUCGUAGCUAUCUGGACUGCAAUAACUGGAUUUUUCAAUUCAGACCCUAAGCAGGACAGAUUUUUUCCCAGAUUUCAGUUGCACUGAACACCUAGUCUGAAUGCUUCAAAUCUGGUCACAGAUUAUAAAUAAUCUGAACUAUUAGCAAAAACACACAGUGGCAAGAGGGUCAAUUAUAUGGGAGGACUAAGCCCACCUCCUUAAUAUUAUUCAUGUGGAAUGCCGAAUGGGCAAAAAAGCAAGUAAAUUAUAUUUUGCAAAUGUGCAUACUGCUGGGUGCAUUCUGUUCCGUAUUCUGUAAAACCGGUGCUUUGUGAAUAUUUUGAAUCUUAUAAUUGUAGGCCAACCACACCGACCAUAUUUGGCUUUAGUAACGCUGCAAAAUAGAUUUGCCACUUGGCAGAUUAGUCAGGUACUACAGGUGCCUAUUUAUUAAGGAUGCCUACCCAGACUACAAAUGUGUGCUUUUUUCCUGUUUAAUAUUGCUACCUGGUAACUGCUUUUUUCAUGGAGGGAAUAAGAGAUGCACUUAGUGAGUCUUUCAAAACUUUUACUAGGCAACAAAUGACUGUUUUUUUUGCAGGAGAUGUAGAGUGUGCCUCACAAUUUUAUACCUACAGACACCUGAGAUGUAAACCUGGCCCUCUGUGUUGGUGGCAAACAAAUUUAUUGUAUUUUUUUAAAUCUGUGGGACAGGUGCUGCCUGAGAAACUGAAUCUGAAUUCAGAACUGAGUUUCACUAAAAGAAAUGUCAGUUCAUUUGAGCUAGGCCGGCAUUACAUUUGUUUGUCUAAUUUGUUUUGUCAUAAUUACUUGUUUCUUUUCAAACCCUUAGGACAGUUGCAUUAUCUAUCGGUUCUUUAUAAAUUGAAAAAAAUUAUAAAUUAGAUCUCAUCUCUGUCUUGUUUGCGUUCUUGUUGACUAGGGCUACCACUUUACAAUUUAUUUAUUUUGGCGUGCUUAUGAAUACUACAUUUUGUGGGAAAAGAGCUUGAAAGUGCUCUCCUGAAUAAAAGUCAAAUUCAUAUGCUUUCAUUGUGAAAUGUGAUUAUUUGGGAUUGUAGUUUUGAAUAAUGAAUUAAUUUCACAAUGAGAGCAUAAUAGGUCCACAUUCUUUAGUGUGACUGUAACGGAUCACCUGGCACCCCGACUGGGUACCUCCGUUGAAGGAUGCUCCUAGCGCUUCCUGAGGACUCCAAGCACUGCAGCAGACACCACAACCACCGAACCGGAGAAGCAUACGAAUGCUCUCAAGCAUCUGAAUGCUGUAAGCAGCUGAACAGGAAAAGCAUACAAUCAGCUUACACUCCUGGCAAUCAGCAUACAAUCCAAUUCCCCCAAUAACGAGACGACACUUUGUUUUGAGGGUCAAGCAGAACUGACUGUACUGGCACAUACAGCCUCUUUUAUUCACAAUCCACAAGUACUGCCCACAGGGUUUUGAAAUACAACCAAUCAAUCCUUACAAUACACACAGACCCUCCCACACAAAAUCCCCCCCUCUGCCUGUGAUAUGAUUACUGGACACAAUGGUUAAUAUAAUUAUCAUAGGCAGAGAAAUACAGUAUUAUAAAACAUAUCACAGGGACCCCAAAACAUGCAAUAACCCCAUAAAAUAUAUCCUCGGAACUGGGGGAUCUGGGUGAACCACAUAUCCAAAAUUCACCCAAAUCCGUUCAGUAGUUGGGAAGAUGCAGUUUAAUGCAGAUUCCGCAGAACAUAUACAGGCUAUAUGAAAAAUAUUUACUGUAUAACAUGUCCCCUGUUGUAUAGUUUAAAACUACUGAACGAUGUCUUCGUGCACCAAAUACUGGCGAGAUGGCACCGUGUAGAAAAGUCCAAACAGUGUCUGUGAGUUAAAAUGGCCGCCAUCCAUUGUUCUCACCCAGGGCCAGAUUAAGAGCCACGUGGGCCUGGUGCUGACAAUUAUGACGGGCCUAAUUAAAGAAUCAUAUCGACCAAAACCAGUAAAACACUCCCAAGCAUCAUGUAUCUGAUGGAGAUGGUGCUGGAGAGAAAGAAAACAGCAGCUAUAAGAAAACACAUACCCUAGGCUAAUCUCUCUCUAAUUUAUGUUUUCAUCUUUCAAGUAAAUCCAUAACCCCUAACAGCAGUGUUCAGUCAAGCAGGAAGUCAAUGGGCUGGGUAAAAGGGUGUGCCACUGACACAAAUCACGUAACCUGCCAAAAGGGGCGUACAUGCCCAAAAAGAGGACAUGUCUGCUCAAAGAAUUAGAAGGCCAGCCUGGCAUGAAUGCAUGUCAGGCUGCCUGCCAAUCAUGCAGCUGGCCAACUAAGGGCAUACUAUGCAGACAGCACCCUGAGCUUGGCAUAAAUGCAUCUAAUGAUGCGCUCACUCAAUGCUUUCUAAGGACUGUCCCCUAGCACUCGCUAGUCCACUUGUCUCCUUACCUUCUUACUAGCAGGCAGAAGCUCCUGGUAUAUGGUCUGGGACAGAGAAAAGCUGUAUGUAGUGAGUGUAGAAGAAAUGGAACAUGCCACAGUGUUAGAGAGACCAAAGUCAGCAGUACCUUAAAGGAUCACUAUAGGGUCAGGAACACAAACAUGAAUUCAUGACCCUAUAGUGUUAACACCACCAUCUAGCCCCCCUGGGCCCCUCAUGCCUCCAUAAAUAUAGCAAAAUCUUACUAUAUUCAAGCCGAAGCUGUAACUCUGCAUGCUGUUAGACUCAUAAAAACAAGCAGUCUGCUGACAUCAUUAGAAGUGGUGGCCUAAUCCAAUCAUAGUGCUUCCCCAUAGGAUUGGCUGAGACUGACAAAGAGGCAGAUCAGGGUCAGAGCCAGCAUGAUUCAAACACAGCCCUGGCCAAUCAGCAUCUCCUUAUAUAGAUGAAUUUAAUUAAUGAAUCUCUAUGAGGAAAGUUCAGUGUCUGCAUGCAGAGGGAGGAGACACUGAAUGUUUGGAUGCAUUUUAGGCAGCCAUGACCCAGGAAGGAUCUCUAACAGUCAUCUAAGGAGUGGCCAGUGAAGUUAUCACUAGGAUGUAAUGUAAAGACUGCAUUUUCUCUGAAAAGACAGUGUUUACAGCAAAAAGCCUGACGGUAAUGAUUCUACUCACCAGAACAAAUUCAAUAAGCUGUAGUUGUUCUGGUGACUAUAGUGUCCCUUUAACUAUAUUCAUUGUCAGCUAGUCCACACAAGUUUUGUUCCCAUACAUCCCACUUAAGUUUCCAUAGUUAAGUAAGAGUAUGUGAAAAGUAGUUAGGGUUGCCACCUUUCUUGGAAAAAAAAAGGAGUGACAUAAGAGAAAAUGCUGUAAAAUCACCAAAAAAAAACUAUUAGUUUGAUUCUGCUGUAUAGAUGGAUUCCUCCCAGUGCCCCCGUGUCUCCCAGUGCCCCCAUGACUCAGUGCCCCCAUGUGUCCCUAUGUAUCAGUGUCUCAGUGCCCCAUGUCUCCCAGUGUCCCCUUGUGUCGUGUCCCCAGAUCUCCCAGUGAUCCUGUGUAUCACAGUGUCUCAAUGCCCCAUGUCUCCCUGUGUCCCCAUGUAUCCCAGGGUCACCAUGUCACUAGGACACUAGGAAGACGGGGAGACCUGGGGACAUGGGGAGACCUAGGGACACAGAGACACAAGUGACACUGAGAGACUAGGGGACUCUGGCUGGGACACAUGGGGACAAUGGGAAAAUAAGGGACACUUGAAGACAUGGGGACACAGACACCAGGGACACAGACACUAGAGACACUGGCUGGGGGACAUUGAGACAUGGGGACACUGAGACACCAGGGCCACAGACACAAGGGACACUAGCUUGGAGACAUGGGGACAUUGUGACACUUUAGGCAAUGAGAGACAUGGAAGCACUAUUAGACAUGGGGACAGUGAGACACUGGCAGACUGGGAGACUAGGGGUCACUGGGAGACAAGGGGACACUGAGACACCAGGGACACUGGCUGGGCUGUGUCCCCAUGUGUCUGUGUCAUAAUAUCUCCCAAUGCCCCUUAGUGUCUCAGUGUCUGCCAUAAUAUCUCCCAGUGCCCCUUAGUGUCUGCUUAAUUCUAGUGUCUGCCAUAAUGUCUCCCAGUGCCCCUUAGUGUCUCAGUGUCUGCCAUAAUGUCUCCCAGUGUCCCUUAGUGUCUCAGUGUCUGCCAUGUCUCCCAAUGUCCCUUAGUGUCUCAGUGUCUGCCAUAAUGUCUCCCAAUGCCCCUUAGUGUCUCAGUGUCUGCCAUAAUGUCUCCCAAUGCCCCUUAGUGUCUCAGUGUCUGCCAUAAUGUCUCCCAAUGCCCCUUAGUGUCUCAGUGUCUGCCAUAAUGUCUCCCAAUGCCCCUUAGUGUCUCAGUGUCUGCCAUUAUGUCUCCCAGUGUCCCUUAGUGUCUCAGUGUAUGUCUCCUCGCAGCCUUUCCCCCAUCCCUUACUUUCCUGAGCUGUAGGCUGUCUCUGCAGGGUGGAAGUUGCUGUCUGGACUCUCUGUAGCUGCACCCCUGCAGAUCAGUGUAGGCAGGCAGGCAGGGAGGGAUAUGCUGGAACUUCCUAUCCCUGCCUGUCUCCACACACAGCGACCCCUACUGGUCAGUGCUGGUAUUGCAUAGUAAUCUCUUGUUUAUACUGAGAAAAAUACCAGCAUUUGUAUUGCCAGUAUCACUGCAAUAAAAGCCAAGUGGAAUCCCUAAGAGUAGUGUGUAAAACAAAAACAAAAAAAACAAAAAAAUGAAUUUUUUUUAAAUCAAUGGGCCUAUUCCAUGGGCCUGGGCCUGGAGCUGCAGCUCCAUCAGCCCCUAUGUUAAUCCGGCCCUGUUCUCACCAUGUGCUUCAUCCAUUGUUCUCACCAUGUGCCUCUGAUACAUGAAAUGGUGGCCACCCAGUAACUCCACAGCAUGUCCCCAGAUAGUUCUUAAAGGGCCAGCAGCAUAAUAAAAUACAAUAUGCCCAAAUACUGUAUUUAAAGGGCCAAAUCUCACAGGGCCAUAGUCGGCAGGCAGGAGGCGGGCAAACAGGCUUAUCCAAAGCCCAGUGGCGAGGUUGGUUUCGCCACAGUGACACUAUUAAUCCUCACCUUAAAAAUGAAGACUCUAAAAGAACCCUUCUCUCUCACCGAACACAAUUUUCAGUAAAUGUCAAAUAGAAAAUUCAGUAUGCUGCUAGCAAACGUCAGGCAUAUAUUGGUUUCUGAUCGAACUGGCACAUGAAGAUGAAUGCAAAAUAAUUCAGUUUCCAUUUACAGGAAAGAUUGUCAUAGUUUGAUCUCAGUCUCAAGCUUCCAGCUGAUAUUUGAACAAAAACAAAAAAGCAAGGCAUUUCAUGAAGAAUUUGAGGUGAGAUAUCAAAUGUGUGGAAAAAAAACUUCACUGUGACACUUUGGGUGAUAUUUACUUGACAAGGUAGGGAAUAUGCACAGAAUUUACAUUAGCACUCUAGACACUAGCUCUGAGCUGGUUAACGAUGCCCCUUAGAUGUUGCCACAGAUGGAGUUAGUCCAAAGGGAUUAAAGCAGUUAUGGUGCUUGGAGUAUCCCUUUAUCAUAAAUAUGGUGUGAAAAAUCUAAUUAAAUGUACAAAUCCACACAAUCCUAUAAAUGCCAUCCUUGAACGUAGUGCCUCCAUCUUAUACAUAUACUAUUAAUACAAAUUAAGUAUGCUUUGACACUAUCAGAGAACUGGAACUCGCAAAAAGAAUAUAUAAGGAUCAGAAGAGCUCACCACUGUGCCAGCAAAGGUAACACGUUGAAAUGGGAAUAAACUUUAUUGAAAUUUUAAAUAUUAAAAAUAUUAAAAAAUAUCUGAACUUGAUUACCCACCUACCUCACCCCCACACAGCAUAUCCUACUUGCAGAAUGCAUUUGGCAACAUUUAUUUUUUAAAUUACAAUCCUAUACUUUAUAUAGGGUUUAUAGGGUUUGGAUGCAUAAAGCACUUAUUAUAAUCUGGUCACCAAAUCUAUCCGUCCAACUGGUGCAGAUUUGGUCGGUAUGCCGAAUACAAACGGAGUGAGCUAUAGUAAAUAUAAGAAUUGGCAUUCUGAUUGUAAUUCACCCUUUUCAUCAGAUUUUAUCUGAAUUGAUAAAAUCCUGCAUUUAGCAAAUAACCCUGUAGAUUUUCCAUGUCAUCUCCAAACAAUAAAUUGUGUUUAGAAAAUGUUUGACAACACAGUCAUUAAAUACACACUCUCCAUGCUCAGAAAUCUGAAACUGAAAAUAGUUAUAGUCAUGUUUGUGUUCUUUAGAUUCAGGUAUAACUUAGAAACAAAACUUUUUUUAAAAUUAUUCUCAAUUCACUCUAUUAAUAUGGUCAAUAAUAGCACUCUUACUGUUUAUGAAUUACAACUCUCUAUAAAUUCAGAAUUUUCCAAGAAAACUGGGACUAAUAAUAACUUGUAUUUAUAUAGCUCCUAUCUCCCUGUGGGACUCAGAGUGCUGUUCAGCACACACUCUCGUAAUAAACCAAAUCAGCAGCUGAAUUGUAAUAGAUAUUAUUAUUACCCAAUUGAAGGUACUCAUUUUUUCAACCUUGGAAGGAUGAAAGGCUGAGUUGACCUUGCCAGGAUUUGAACCUGUGACCUUGCAUUUUUGAACAGGCUUUGUAGUCAGGGAAUUGAUCUACUGAGACACCUCACUUGCCAAUAAUGUUUAUAUUUCUACUUCUGCAGGAGUUGAAGGAGGUUGGAAACAGCCAUCCAAAGAUUGAAGCAGAACUUCCAGUUAAUGCACUGAAGAAUCGAUAUCCACAUAUUCUACCAUGUGCGUAACUUUUGCAUCAACAAAAGUGUAUCCUGUAAUUAAUUGCAAAUGCUUAACAUUGAUUAAAAGGUUACUUCAACCAACACAUAGUGUUUUCAUAAAACACUGGUUUUGUUAGAGUAACACUUUUUGUGUUUGUCCCCCACUCAUUAAAAAUAAAAAAUUAAAUAAAGCUAAAACUCACCUCUAUCCAAUGGUCAAGUGAUCCCUGCAGCCAGAUCCGCUACAGCUGAUGUCACUCCUCCCCACUAUUGGGGGUAGGAGUGCAAGUUGAGGGGAGGUCAUGGGUGGCACUGAGGGAUGGGAUGUGCCGCCAUUGGAUGUCUGAAGCCAGCACACACAGCAAGCUGGUACCAAAUACCAAAUUUGCGCAAGAUUAACAUUUGCCACUUUGAAUGCUUGUUCCCGGCUGUCUAAUGACGCCCCAGUGGAGUUACACCUCUGGCAGCAGAGCAUAUAAACUUAGUAUGUACAGAAAUUCAUAGCAAAACAUUGCACAUACAGACUCCAGGAACUAUGGUGCUUUGAGUAACCCUUUAACAAACAGAACACUCAUUGCCAUGGCUGUGGUAGAAGAAGAGCCUAUAGCUAGGUCUUUGAGGAUCCAAUAAUAUCUGCAAACCAGUGCAUUGCAUUAUAAUGCACCUCACAAAUGUAAAAAAAAAUUUGUGUGAACUAAACAGGAUAACGGAUAAAUACGAAGUUCUACAUCUGACAUUCCCUGUAUUAUUAUCAACAAUCUUUACUCAACUGCAGAACUUUACAAAAUACGUUUAUGAAAAUUAGGGCUAUUCAAUUAAGUGAGAAUUCAAAGUGAAUUUCAAAUGUAAGAUAAAAAUACCAAAACUGGAAAAAUUCUAUAAGUCAUAGAAACACAGAAACAUAGAAUGUGACGGUAGAUAAGAACCAUUCGGCCCAUCUAGUAUUCCCAAUUUUCUAAAUAAUUUCAGUAAUCAGUAAUAUUUUCAGUUCAGCUACUCUUAAAUUUGAAAUUUACUUAGAAUUCCUACUUUAGUAAAUAAUUCCAUAUGUAUUGUUAAAAAUAUAUUUUGUCGGGGGACGGGGCCUGACCACUGAGAGCAGAGGACGCAAACCUGUAUAGCUCCUGCUCUGACGCCCUAAUUAAGUGGAUUUCAGCCAUCAAAACGGGACCUAAUCCGCCCAAAAAGGCCACCAGGCGGAAGGUGACGGACAGGGGCACACAAUCAUGCCACACAUGCGACAAUUUCGGCAUAACUCACCUGCUCUUCCUAUGAAGCCCACACGCGUGGUCAGCGUGAGGGAGACGGCUGCUCCCCCGCUGACAUUUAUGGCUGAAAAGCAGAGACCAGACCCUCGUUCCCCCCCCUAUAGACCAGUGGGGGUUAUCCCGGUCCACCCUCGGGAAGCCCUGGUACAACCCGGCAAGAAUGCUGAGGCGACACAGGGGCCUGCAACAAGCGGUGGCACUGCACCCAAAAUGGCCGGUGCAGCGUGCUCCUCUAUCACUCACAGCGAGCAGCCAGAGGUCUCGCUCAAGCUGGACAAGGCCUUCCAAGUUUUCUGGGAGAAGCUGGAAGCUCUUCUGUUCCCGAUGGACCCAGAGAAAGUGCCUGAAACCCGGCCACACACUCACCCAAGCAGAGUCAAAUGGGAGAAGUCACAGACACCUCAAGCACCGAGCCGCCCAGAAAGACAGAAGCAGUGGGACAUUAGCAGACAGCAGGAGACCGGAGAUGCAUCAUGGAAGCAACAGGUGCAAAACGACAGCCCCUUGGAACCGGCAAGUAAUCGUGCGGAUGCACAUCAGCCCGCCAUCCCACAAACCUGAUAACGAGGGCCCAUCACCAAGAGGCCAGAACUACCUGACUCACAGUCCGCUGGCGCAGACAUGCACCUUACCCAUACAAGGCAUAGGCUGACCGGCAAAACGGGAAAGAGUAUUAUUCUAGUGUAUUGACGAUACCCACUACCCACAAGCUGAUCGGACACUCACUCUACUAUGCAGCUCCAUCCAAGGGGGUUUAUUUUUCGACAACAAGACUGUCAUUCCCCACCGCACACCAAAACCCCCCUGGACUGCCCAGUUCUGCCCCUUGCCGCAUUUUUCCAGUGACUCCCUGGGACAUGCCACUCCAUAUGCCCUAACUUAAUGACUAAGCCUGCCCACAUACACUAAGCGGUGAACCUAAUGAUUUUGCCUAACACAUAAAUAUAAAAUUGUGCAUGUACUUUAGAAAUCCCAACUGUUACAGCUAUGUAUUAAACACGCUGGAGGAUUGCCGUUGGGGUACCUCACGCGCAUAUGUUAAACUAAUAUGCACUACAAAAAUAAAAAAUGUAAAAAAAAUAUAUAUAUAUAUUUUGUCAAGGAAGAUUAUCUAUAUCUCAAAUAUUUCAGGUUUCUCUUAUAUCUCCUCCCCAGAUGAUCAUUCCCGGGUGAAGCUGACACUUAUGAAUGGAGAUCUGAAUUCUGGAUAUAUCAAUGCAAAUUACAUAGCGGUGAGAGCUACUUAUUGAUAUAGUGUGUUUGUGUGAUAUCCUCGGGAAUACUUGCACCUUAAAUUGAGUCUUGAUUAAAUGCAUACAUUGAGCAGUGCAUGCUGGGAGAUAAAAGUAUCCAGAGCCAGAUAAGUUGCAUUGGCACUAUAGCUUAGACCCAUACUUGUAUCGAAAGAGAUAUCUGUCACAUCUGUCUGUGUGCCUCUCUAUCUUCUAUCUUCAUUGCUAUAGUUCUUGUUGCCUCAUCUUGUGCAUGGCAGAUCCUGCGAGUUUAGCAGGCAAAUUCAGAUAAAAAUAGUUGGAAGGCAAUGUAGUGUACAUCUGGCCUGCACACCACCAGCUUUACACAUGAGCCUUGUUUUUAAUAAUAUCACACAGCUUUCUAAUGGCGUAGUUUACAAUUGUUAUUUAUGCAGGGUUUCAACAGAGCCACUGAAUAUAUUGCCACAGGCCCCCACACCGUUGUCUAUUCAUGACUUCUGGCGUAUGAUCUGGGAACAGAAAGUGAAGAAUAUAGUGAUGCUCACAGUAUGUGAGGAGAAAGGGAAGGUAUGUCAUAUAGCUCAUCUAUAUUCAUUUGCAUGCAGUAACUCCCUUUACACCCAAUGUAUAAAAUUGUAGUGAUCAAUUAAAACAGUGCAAAAUUAAAGGGACUGUCCAGCCAGGGAACCAAAUCUGUUUUCCUGGCACUGCAGAAUCCUGUAGUGCCUCCCUCCUUCCCACCUCCCAUCCCAUGUUGCUGAAGGGGUUAAAACCCCUUCAGUGACUUAUCUGAAUUGAGCGCUGAGUCAGUGCUGGGUCAGGCUUUGGCCCACGCUCCUCCAGCGCCGACCUCAGGCAAUGGCGGCGCGCGCAUAUUAGACCUCCCCAUAGGAAAGCAUUAUUCAAUGCUUUCCUAUGGGGAUUCAGGCAACGCUGGAGGUCUUCAUGCAAAGCUUGAGGACAUCCAGCGUCGUUUAAAACACUUUUCGUGUUUUAUAAAAACUGCAAUAAUUACACUUGCUGGGUUAAGGGUGAUGGGAGUUGGCACCCAGACCACUCCAUUUGGCAGAAGUGGUCUGGGUCCCUAGAGUGUCCCUUUAACUAGGGCCACGGAAUGAGGCACCUGUUACAGGGUUUUGCACCCCUCCCUGUUUGUGCUCCCCUAACUCAUUCCAUGGUCCUAUUUAAAGGAAAACUAUAAUGCCAGGGGAAAAAAGCUCCCUAUAAUGCCCUACUCCAUCAUGUCCCCUCCCCUUAAAAACACUUUCUGUCACUUACCUUUUUCCAGUGCCAAUAUCCCUCAGCACUGGUUCAGGCUCCACCUCCUCUCGACCUCUAUUUACUAUGGGGAUUUGGGUGAUGCUGGAUGCAUAGCGUGAGGACGUCCAGCGUCAAGCAACGGAAUUCCCUCCAGUGCCCCUUGGUAGGCAGCCACUAGAGGUGGAUUUAACCCUGUAAUGUAAUUAAUGCAAUAAUUACCAUUGUAGUGUUAAAGGACCUAGGACACUGCAUCCAGACUACUUCAAUGAGCUGCUCUGGGUGCCUAUAGUUUCUCCAGGCCCACCAUCAGGGGGUGACAACCUUGAUGUAUGUAUGUCUGUAUGUAUGCAUGUAUGCUUGUAUGUAUGUAUGAAUGUAUGUAUGUAUGUAUAUGUAUGUAGGUGUCUGUAUGUUUGUGUAUGUAUGUCUGUAUGUAUGUAUGCAUGUAUGCUUGUAUGUAUGUAUGAAUGUAUGUAUGUAUGUGUAUGUAUGUCAGUAUGUAUGUAUAUGUAUGUAGGUGUCUGUAUGUUUGUGUAUGUAUGUCUGUGUGUCUGUAUGUCCUUAUGCAUGUGUGUGUGUGUCUGUAUGUAUGUUAGUAUAUGUCUGUGUGUCACUAUGUAUGUCUGUGUGUCUGCAUAUAUGAGCAUUUCUGUUUCAGUAUGUAUGUGUCAGCAUGUAUGCCUAUAUGUGUGUUUGCCUGUUUCAGUAUGUAUGUGUGUGUGUGUCAUUAUGUGUGUAUUUUUGUGUGUGUGUAUCUGUGUCCUUUUGAAUCAGUGCGUGUGUUUGUGUGUGUAGGAUUUGGAGGCGGGCCCUGUGGGCUCUUGGAGGCGAACACCCGGAGGCCCAGAAAUUUCUGAUGGUGGCCCUGAGUGUCCCUUUAAUCUUGCAAUGCAGAGAGUCCCAGUUGGAAAGUAUUGUCAGAUUUGAAGUUCUAUAUGUUGAUGCAAAUAUAAUAAAACACUUUGAAUCAUCACUUUGAUAUAUCAUUUAGUAUAAAUUAAUGGACUCUUUUGUUGGCAGAUUCUGUGUGAUCAGUACUGGCCGUCAGGCUCUGCUUUAUAUGGACCCAUUACUGUAUGCUGCAUUAAAGAGCUUCCUGGUAAAGACUGGAUCACACGCCAUUUCAAACUAAAUCAUGUAAGGAAUGCUGGCAAAUGUGUUCUAGAGUUUAUACAUGAAGUUUAUGAAAUCCUGCUCUUUUUACAAUUCAGAAAGACAAAAUUAUAGAUGAGGUGUAAAUGAGAGAUUGGGUGCUCAGUGGUGUGUGCUUAUAGAGGAGAAGGGUUACAAGCUGUUGUAGUCAAUGUUUACAAAAAGUAUGAGUUUUAGCAAGGUUUCAAUUUUCCCAAGGAAGAGCGGGUCAUUUUAGUUCAAUAAUCAAAACAGAGAAGUGCCAUUGGGGUUCUUUUUCAAUACUUAUACGUAUAUUGUUGGCUGACCUUCACUCAAUCAUUCAUUAGACCUGCAACAUCAGAAAACAGUUAUUAUUUUUUAUUGAUACAUCACUUUAUUUUAAUAGUUAGAAGGCUUGGAAGUUUGGCUUCAGGCCAUACCUCCAAGCCCUCUGCAUAGAAGAGCUGGGAUUAUUACUUCCCGGCUCUCAUACCCAGGCAUCCCAUGAUCCCAUGCGCGCACGAGGUCAUGCAUUUAGACUGGAAGAAAGGAGAUUUAGUCUAAGGCAAAGGAAAGGUUUUUUUACAGUAUGAACAAUAAGGAUGCUGAACUCUCUGGUUUUAUUAGAGUUUGCACAGAUGUUUAAACAGCUAUUGGAUAAAUACUUGCAAAAACACAAUAUUCAGGCAUACCAUUUUUAAUUAGUGGCUUUAUAGCUUAAUGAUUCAAGGAGAUAUCUGCUAUUCUGGAGUGAAGACAUAUUUUUUUCCUAGGUCAUUGCAAAACUGUAUAUCGUUUCAAACUGGGUUUUUUGCUUUCUUUUAGAUCAAUAGCAAAAACAGAUGUGAGAAAGGUUGAACUUGCUGGACACAUGUCUCUUUUUCAGCUAUGUAACUAUGUAACAAGGAUAAGCCUAAAACUUACUAGGGACAUGGAGACUUUAGUGCUUAAACAUGCAUUCUUAACAUUAUAGUUUCCCUUUAAGAACAAACUGUGUGUGUUUUGUUAUAGGUUGCAGAUUCUCAGGUGAGGCACGUAUCUCAUUUACAUUAUACACGUUGGCCUGAUCGUGGUAUUCCUGAAUCUCCAGCGCCCCUGGUAAAUUUUGUGUUGAUGAUGAGGAAGAUGAUGGAGGCUGCAAAAUAUUGUGGACCCACGGUAUUGCACUGCAGGUAAAUUGAAUAUCUUUUUAAACAUGGGAUCCUUUCACAAUCCAGUGAGUCUGCACUUCAACCAGUCAAUCAUUCAGUGAAGAGUUUGUCUAGGCGAGCCUGGCUUAUCAUUCCACUAAUUAAUUUAUGCAUAUUCCAACAAUCUGUGGAAAAAUAAGCUGUACUGAUUAUACACUGCCGCAUUGGUCUCCUCCCAUUACGGCAGCUACUUAAUGUUUUGUUCAAUGAUCGGUGGUAGUUACUAGACUGAUGUUAAUCCACUCGGUGAUUUACAACUAUAAAUGUCAAGGGGCUAUAAAAAGGAGUGCUGCUAAACACUCUCAAUGUGGAAAUCCAUUUUACAGGUUGAGUGGUUGUUGAAAGCAUUUUCUGUCUCCAUUGCUUGCACAAACUGCAAAAAGGCAGCACCAGCAAUGGUAUAUCAGUGUGUAUCUGUGGUAGGGAUUAUCUCAGUUCCUUCAAUUAAUAACCUACAUGUAACAUAUUUCUUAUAAAUAACUCCUUUAAUUUUAACUUUUAUAGUUUAUCAUUAAUGUUCCAAAAGUAUAGCUCUAGACUAGUGGAAUACAAGUUUUAUUAGAUACAAACGACUCAUUCAGAAUGUAUAGGAUCUGAUUCUCAGGGUGUUUGGAAAAAUGUGCUCAUGAGUGUACUACGGGCACUGGUUCUUGGGACACAAAAUUGAAUCCUCUCAAUUUUUUCAGUGGGUCUCCAAUGCUUGACCAACAGGCACAUCACAAAACAGUGGUUAAAACGAUUUUGGCAGUAUUUUGCACUUUUACUAGAUAUUUUUUCAUAUAAAUUUACUUUUUUAUAUAUUAUUUUUUAUAAUAUUAUUAUAUAUUAUUUAACAAACUUAACUUUGGAAAAAUCUACUACAUGUAUAGAAUACCUCGAAGCUUCUAAUAAAAUACUCUAAAUUGGAACUUAACUCCAGACAGACGGUCAAAAUGUGUACCGAAAUUGAUCCUCAGAUUACCAACAUUCAUGUGGCUCCAGGUGUAUAAUGGAUCAUAUCUUCUGGACCGGUUUGAUUAUUCCACCCUUAAGGGAUGAGGUUUUCUCCAUAAUUAAUGUUGUUAUCCAUUAUAUUCCUUCCAAGUAUGAACCUAGCUUUAUUUGUUUUUGUUUUUCCUGACAAGAUAAAUUGGAAUGUAAAGAUUUUAAUUUCUAUCAUUUUCUUAUUGGCUCAUUUACUCAUUGCAAGGGCUUGCAAUCAAAUACCAUCCCCUACUUUCUUAUAAAUUAUUCCAUUAAUAGACCACAUAGUAUCUAUGGAGUGCACAGCACACCUAGCUCUUGGUUCUCAUACCAAAUAUAAAAAAGCUAUUGAACCCUUACAAUUUUGGAAUCCCUAAGUCUUUUAAGUGAUAUUGUAUUAUACUCUGGUAUACACAUUACUUCAUGAGAAGACUGUGUAACUAUCACAUGCAAGUUGUUCUGUUAAUGUUAAUUUGUUAUACUUAACUUGACUUGUACUUUAUAUGACUGUAUGCAUGAUGUAAGUGUGGCGGUACCAACCUCGCCACUGUGCACUGGAGAAGCCUGGUUGCUCGCCUGCUCCCUUUAGAUUAUGGCCCUGCAGUUCAGAGCUGUUAUUCUCCCUGCUGAAAGGUUUAUUCGUGCCUUUCUGCCAGGGUGUUCGGUAGAUUCCAUCUACUGAACAAACUACCGAACGAUGGACCACCUGGGAGCUGGAGUGUGCUGUCAAUUGACCGCCCAGAAGCUGCGGUUAACCGCAGCUUAAUUGAUGAACGCUGGGUGGCCGUUGUUCGUCUGCCGAACACGUGGCAGCGGCCAUUUUACCUCCCGAACGGCCAGCGGUGUUCAGCGCCCAAACUAUGGAACUGAAAACGGACACUUAUUGGCGCGAACACCGCUGAGCCGCCAGCCUCCUUACCUUCCCAUUCGGUAAGCAGAACCGAAUGACUGUUCACUCGGUAGUUUCGCUGGAUGAACAGCAUCCCUCAGAUAGCUAAGCAAUGGAGCCUAUUCGUGCAACGAAAGACUAGGGGAAAGACUUUGGCUCCAUGGCGAUUGAACUGUAUGUAUGUGAUCUGAGCGCCAUUCGGUAGUAAUGUGUGCUCAGAUCUAAGCUAUCUGGGGAUAUGUAGAAUGUAUAUGUUUUAGGUAAUAAAUGUGACUGUAUGUAAUUUGAUGUCUUUUACUGUAUUGUUACUGCCAUGAGGUUAAUGGAGUUUUGCCUCUGUCCUGGGAGAUAAGUGGAUUACUUCCCCAAUUAUCUCCAGGACAGAGAGGAGGGAUUGUGAUGUAAUUGUGGGAGUGUUAAAGGUGUAUGUCUGUGAUUUGGUCCCCUAGGGGAGUGUCCACCAGGUGGGAGACCUGCAUAAAAGCCGGGCAGUUAGCCCCAGUAAACCAGGUUCUACUUCACCCUCAAUUUGGAGUCCUGUCUCUAAUUGGGGGAAUCUGCUACAAGGGAUUGCAAUGCUCUGCAUAUUCCCUUGCUUUAAUCAUUCCUAAAUUCUUGUAAGAGCUUGUUCCUGCUUCACUUUCAAGGAAGAGAGGUUCGGCCUGCGGUGGUUGUGGUGUCGGCUAGAGUGCUUGGGGUCCUCAAGAAGCGCUAGGAGCAUCCUUCAAUGGAGGUACCCAGUUGGGGUGCCAGGUGAUCCGUUACAAUUGGUGGCAAGCGGCGGGAUCGUUCCCACAGACCAGAAGGACAGCUACAAGACAACACCAGGGCUUGGAUUACAGAUAGAGGGAUAGAGCUAGCUACCGUGCAGUGUCCCUAUCUACUACAGCAUGGAGCGAGCAAGACCCUGCAUAGAAUCCUGCGAAGGACACCUCAACCUGACACGUCCCUACGAGGGCGACGCUUACCGGGAAGAGGUAAAGAGGCGGUUGGUCUGGUAUGGCCCAGACCCUUCGAACGAGGUGGUCUUCCAAGUAAUGCACCAGUUGAAUGCUGAGAACCUUGCGACAAUGGUCUUUGAACAAAAACAGCAGCAGAGUGAGUUACAGGGAGCCAAAGGUGUCGUCCUUCCUCCCCAGCAGCCGAGUGAGUUACAGGGAGCCAAAGGUGUCGUCCCUCCUCCCCAGCAGCAGUGUGUAUUACAGUGAGCUGAAGGUGUCGUCCUUCCUCCCCAGCGGCAGAGUGAGUUACAGGGAGCCAAAGGUAUCGUCCUUCCUCCCCAGCGGCAGUGUGUGUCCCAGGGAGCUGAAGGUGCCGUCCUUCCUCCCCAGCGGCAGUGUGUGUCCCAGGGAGCUGAAGGUGUCUUCCUUCCUCCCCAGCGGCAGUGUGUGUCCCAGGGAGCUGAAGGUAUCGUCCUUCCUCCCCAGCCCAGGCAGUGUGUGUCCCAGGGAGCUGAAGGUGUCUUCCUUCCUCCCCAGCGGCAGUGUGUGUCCCAGGGAGCUGAAGGUGUCUCCUUCCUCCCCAGCGGCAGUGUGUGUCCCAGGGAGCUGAAGGUGCGUCCUUCCUCCCCAGCGGCAGUGUGUGUCCCAGGAGCUGAAGGUGCCGUCCUUCCUCCCCAGCGGCAGUGUGUGUCAGGGAGCUGAAGGUGUCGUCCUUCCUCCCCAGGGCAGUGUGUGUCCCAGGGAGCUGAAGGUGUCUUCCUUCCUCCCCAGCGGCAGUGUGUGUCCCAGGGAGCUGAAGGUAUCGUCCUUCCUCCCCAGCGGCAGUGUGUGUCCCAGGGAGCUGAAGGUGCGUCCUUCCUCCCCAGCGGCAGUGUGUGUCCCAGGGAGCUGAAGGUGUCGUCCUUCCUCCCCAGCAGCAGUGUGUGUCCCAGGGAGCUGAAGGUGUCUUCCUUCCUCCCCAGCGGCAGUGUGUGUCCCAGGGAGCUGAAGGUGCCGUCCUUCCUCCCCAGCGGCAGUGUGUGUCCCAGGGAGCUGAAGGUGUAGUCCUUCCUCCCCAGCGGCAGGGUGUCCUGCAGGGAGCAGAGAACGUCGGUCUCGCACCCCAGCAGCAGGACAAAAUACUGAAAGUGGAGACGGUCGGUCCCCCUCUCCACCAGCAGAGAGAGUGUCAGGGAGAGGAGCCUGCUAUCCCCUCUCCCCAGCGGCUGAAAGGAUAUAUGGGAGAGGAGCUGGUUACCCCCUUUCCCCAGCGGCAGCUUGACAUACCCAGUGGAGACAGUAAGCCCCACGGCCAUGCAGAUGGGACCAUGGUCUCUGCACUUACAGCACAGGGGGUAGGGACAGUCGAUCCUACCCCCCCAGCGACCGGGCUCUUUAGCCAAAGGGGAGACAGUCGGUCUCCCCCUCCGGCAGCAGAGCUGUGUAUCCAAAGUGGAGACAGUCGGUCUCCCCCUUCAGCCACCAGGCUCCAACCAGACUACUCCCGUGGUAGUGCUGACACCAGGGGGCUUACAUGUAAAGUAGAUAAACUUAUAAAUGUAUAUAAACAUGUUUUUUUUUUCUUCAAUCAAUGGAUGUUUUACAAGAGAUGUAUAAAAUAAAUGAGGUAAUACAACACAGUAAAUUAUACCUCCUUAUAAAGAAGAGGUAAACUGGUGGAACAAGAGCCAAAUGGAGGGAAGGGGAAAAGGGGGAAGAAAGGGAUUUAUGUUAAGACGAUUAGAAAGACAUCUCUCUCCAUAUUUUGUGAUAGAUAGGGAUGAAUAAUACAAAAUAAAAUAGAAAACAACACAGUUAUGGAAAAUGCACGGAGACAAAUAGAGGGAUAAACGAAAACUGGAUAAAUAAGUUUAAAAGAAAAGGGAUCAAAAUUCACUACACACUAACAUAUUAGAAAGGACAAAGAAUAAGAAGGUCAAUAAAAUUAAGCAAUUUUUCUUAAGAUAGAUAAAAAUUAACACACAAUUGAUUACAAAAUUAAAACACAUUAAGGUUAUAGGAUUGGGAGGUUUUUCUCUCCUGUCUUUUUUUUAGUUUUUUGUGUGUUUUGUUAUUUAUUAUUAUUAUUACUUUCUUUUCUUCCUUCCCUUUUUUUUUUUUUAUUUCAACCAAUAGAGGUUUCACAAUAGAGGUAAAACAGAAAUGAGGUAAUACAAAACAGCUAAUUAUACCUCCUUAUAAAGAAGAAGAAAAAGGGUUGGAAAAGAAGCUAAAGGGAGGGAGAAAAGGGGAAAGGAAAGGAUUUAUGAGAAGACGAUUAGAAAGACAAUGAAGGAGGUGAAACCUUUAUCUCUUUCUGUCCAACUCUCCCCAUAUAUAGUGACAGACAGGGAUGAAUAAUAGAAUCUAAAAUAGAAAAAGACACAGUCAUGAAAACGUUGCACAGAGAAGAAAAAAGAGGGUAAAAUGAAAAUUCUAACACAUUAAUAAAAAAAUUCUGAAAGAAAAGGGAUAAAACUCACUAUACACUAAUAUAUUAGAAAGAACACAGAACAAGAAGGCUCAAUCAAAUUAAGCAAUUUUUCUUUUAUAGAAGAUAAAGUAAGAUAUAUAAAAAUUGACACACAAUAAAUCACUAAAUUAAGACACAUUAAGGUUAUAGGAUUGGGAGGUUUUUCUCUCCUAUUUUCUCUUUUUUUUCGUUCUCUUUCCUUUUAUAUUUUGUGGCUUGUUGUCUAUACAUUUGCACUGAGAAAAUUGAUAUAUGGAAAUACUUGCUAAUAAGUAAGGAUAAUAAGGCAUAUGGAUUAAGUAGAUGGAAGAGGGAAAAGGAAGAAAGGAAAAAGUAAUAGGGAAGAGGUUUAAGGUUAUUAAAAAUGAUACAUAUUUUGACAAUAGGACAUGUGAAACUGCCUAAUUUAUAUUUGUAAUAUUUUAACUGUAUUAUAAUUUUUUUUUAUUUACCUCUCCCCCCCUUCUUUUAUAAUUGUAACCCUACCCUCUUCGGGCUCUAGAUAAAAAGCGGCCUGCCGGUCUAAGGCUAGAGUAAAAAUCUCAAAUAACUUUAUAUACUUUGGUUAGGUAUAGUUUUGUUUUCACAUCUGGGGAUAUAGGAUGUGGAACUCUGUCCCCUACAUGGGUGGUUGGAGAUGGAUUUUCUCAUGUGUUUUUUUACAUGAGGUUAUAUGUUUUUAAAUGUUGUAUAGUCUAUGUAUAUGUUUUUGUAAGAAUGUGCCAAGGAAAUGUCAUACAUAAAUGUAGGUUGAUAUUCAAUGGUUAAAAUUUUGAUGCUUAAUGCUCAGGGGCUAAAUAACCCACAUAACAGAUCUGUGGUAUAUGAUUAUAUCAAACAAGGAGCUAAAAUUAUAUUUUUGCAAGAAAAAAGAUAUAAAACGCUUUAUGAUUUAUCCCAAACCGAUUUAUUAUUACAUUAUGUUCCUCAUUAGAGUAUAAAAAGAAAUGUGGAGUUGCUCUUUUAAUAACGAAUGAUAUGGAUAUACAGAUUACUUAUCAAGAUAUAUAUAAAAACGGAAGGUACAUUAUACUAAUAUGUAAAAUACAAAAUCAAGAGUUUACACUCCUUAACCCCUAUGCACCUAACGUUAACACCACUAGUUUCUUACAAAAGAUAUUCUACAAAAUAGAUAGUAUCAGAGGAGACUUCAAUUGGACAGAAAUUCAGUGGGAGGCACUCCCCAACAUAGGAAAGGCAAACAUAUGACAAAUCAAUUUAACUCGAAAUUACACAAAUAUGCUCUAUUACACCUAUGGAGGAUUCCCCAUCCUCAAGAGACAGAUUUCACCUGGUUCUCUAAAGUACAUUAUACGUAUUCUAGGCUAGAUUUAUUUUUGAGCAAUACAGAGAACAUACAAGACUAAGAAGAUACUAAUUCAGGAGGUCACUUGGUCAGACCAUAACCCGGUCAUUUUAGACCUUAAAUAAGCCCUGUAAAUAAGAAAUAGUUGGAGGUUAAAUGACCUUCUUAAAAAAAACACCUCAGGAUAUAGAGAACAUAAAAGAAAUAACAAAACAUUUUUUCAAAGAUAACAAAAAUAAAGGUAUAUGUGAUACAGUAGUAUUGUGUGCAUACAAAGCAGUCUUGAGGGGGCACCUUAUAAAAAUUGGCUCAAUUAUAAACAGAAAUAGUGGUUCUUCUUUGACAGAAUUAUAUUUAUCCUUAUAUGAAAUAACAAAAUCUAACAACAGUAACCCCUCUGUAGAUACAAGUGGAAAAAUAGCAAAUAUAAAGGAAAGAAUUAACAAAAUACUACUGCAGAAAACUAUUAAAAAAACUAGAAUCCUUAAAAAUAAAAUGUUAUUACAGAGGUAAUCGGGCAAAUAAUAUGCUCACAAAUAAAGUUAAAGGGAAAAAAUUGACCUCUGUGGUACAGAGAAUUAUCACAGAAUAAGGAUUACAAUUAGUGAUGUCGCGAACCGUUCGCGAAUUUGCCGCGAACGGUUCGCCACGGUUUGCCACGAACCGUUCGUGGCGAACUCUGGUCAGCUGACACAUCCCUGCCAAUCUCCGGCAGACCCUCCCUCCCAGACCCUCCUCCUUCCUGGACAGCAUCCAUGUUGAAGGCAUUUGUGUAUGUCAGAAUAUAUGUAUGUAAUAAUACGCAACUUGAAAUGAUUUAUACUUAUUUCUGAUACAAUAAUCAAUAAAUAAAUCAAUUUUAAAAAAACAAUUCUACCCUGUAAAAAGGAAAUUCUUGCCAUACAAAGAUUGAUAAGUCAAGGGUACAAGCUAAUCUAAAUUUAGAAUUUUCAGAAAUAAGGGGAGAUUUAUCAAGAUGAAAGAUAUGCUAUAUUGGUGCAAAGUGCUAAAUGUUGACAGACAAAUUAUAGGUUUCCAUGGUGAUUGCUCCUCAUUUUGGGACCAUGCCAUAUAAUAGUACAUGUUUUGCCUUGAUAAAUCUCCUCCUCGUUUUUGUUGUUCUGUCUGUGCACAAAUGUACAUUUACAUCUACAUUUGUCUUCAUCUUCUGUCUUUUAAACAAAUCCCUCCUAGUGCUGGUGUUGGGCGCACUGGAACACUCAUAGCUCUGGAUGUGGCACUGCAGCAGAUGAGAGCUGAAAGCUGUGUUGACGUAUUUAGCACUGUGUAUCAAAUGCGACUCAGCAGGUACCUGAUGGUGCAGACAGUGGUAAGUGUCAAGACUUACAAGGGGUUAUCGCUACCAUCCCCAUGGCAAUUUAUAAAUGAAAUGCCUUUAGUUCUCCCAAAUAAAUUAAAAGAACACCCAAACACAAGCUAGCAAAAUAUUUAUGCAAUCAAAAAUACUACUAAAUAGGUCUCUUCAGUUAACAAAUUCUUUACCAAACAAAAGGCAGAACUUAAUGAAGAAAUAUUUAUUAUGAACAAAAUAGUCACAGUGUAUACAUAAACAUUGAUGAUAAACAAAUGAUUUAAACCAACAAACAAUUAAAAAUAAAAAGGAGAAAUUAAUAGAAAAUACUAGUUUCUCACUUUGCAAGUACAGGAAGUAAUUCCUGUUCCCGGGGGCUCAAGCAAGGAAAAUGACAACUUACUCAAAAUUGAAUCUUGUCCUCUAAAAAGCACAUGGAUCAUUUUAAAGUCACAGCUUUUUUUUUUUAAUUGGAAAAAAUAAAUGUACAUUGAACAAAAUUAUAAACGCAACACUUGUUUUUUCCCCCAUUUUUAAUAAGCUGAACUCAAAGAUCUAAGACUUUUUCGAUGUACACAAAAGGCCUAUUUCUCUCAAAUAUUGUUCACAAAUCUGUCUAAAUCUGUGUUAUUGAGCACUUGUUCUUUGCCGAGAUAAUCCAUCCACCUCACAGGUGUGGCAUAUCAAGAUGCUGAUUAGUUUGUGAAGAUUCAAGAUGGGUCUCUAUUCUCCUGAUGCCUUCCGGGUCAAACAAAUUCUUAAGUGGUAACCUAAUUCUUUAUUUCCAUGAGGAAUAGGGCAGGUUACUUAUUUUGUCAAGAAUGAGGUUGUGAAGAGAUGAAUAGCAUUUGCCUUUUUUAGAUCUAGAGGAUUCUGGAUUGUUAGAAACCGGGCAUAAAGGAUGGAAGAGAAUUCCAAAAAUAGCCUUUGCUUAGAAUUUUUCAAACCCAUUUGUCAAUGAUCAAGUGGGCCCAUCCAGGACAAUUGAGAACAUCCAGGAUUAUUGCACAGGUGUGCCUUAGGCUGGCCACAAUAAAAGGCCACUCCAAAAUGUGCAGUUUUACUGUAUUGGAGGGUUCCUGAGGGGGAGGGAUGGGCUGAGUGAAGUUGCAGGAUAUUGGCAGGACCUGCAACACGCUGUUGUAUACUCCGAUCCAGAGCAUCCCAAACAUGCUCGUUGAGUAUGCUGGCCAUGCAAGAAUUGGGAUGUUUUCAGCUUACAGGAAUUGUGUACAGAUCUUUGCAACAUGGGGCCGUGCAUUAUCAUGCUGCAACAUGAGUUGAUGGUCGUGGAUGAAUGGCACAACAAUGGGCCUCAGGAUCUCAUCACGGUAUCUCUGUGCAUUCAAAAUGCCAUCAAUAAAAUGCCCCUGUGUUCAUUGUCCAUAACAUAAGCCUCCCCAUACCAUAACCCCGCCACCACCAUGGGCCACUCCAUCCACAACAAUCAGCAAACUGCUCAUCCACAUGACACCAUACACACUGUCUGCCAUCUGCCCUGUACAAUGAAAACCAGGAUUCAUCCAUGAAGAGAACACCUCUCUAAAGUGCCAGACAUCAUCAAAUGUGAGCAUUUGCCCACUCAAGUCGGUUAUGACGAUGAACUGCAUUCAUGUCGAGACUCCGAUGAGGACGACGAGCAAGCAGAUGAGCUUCCCUGAGACAGUUUCUGACAGUUUGUGCAGAAAUUCUUUGGUUAUGCACACCAAUUGUUGCAGCAGCUGUCUGGGUGGCUGGUCUCAGACGAUCUUGGAGGUGAAGAUGCUGGAUGUGGAGGUCCUGGGCUGAUGUGGUUACACGUGGUCUGUGGUUGUGAGGCCAGUUGGAUGUACUGCCAAAUUCUCUGAAACGCCUUUGGAGACAGUUUAUUGUAGAGAAAUGAACAUACAAUUCACGGGCAACAGCUCUGGUGGAAAUUCUUGCAGUCAGCGUGCCAAUUGCAUGCUCCCUCAAAACUUGCGACAUCUGUGGCAUUGUGCUUUGUGAUAAAACUGCACAUUUUAGAGUGGCCUUUUAUUGUGGCCAGCCUAAGGCACACCUUUGCAAUAAUCAUGCUGUCUAAUCAGCAUCUUGAUAUGCCACACCUGUGAGGUGGAUGGAUUAUCUCGGCAAAGGAGAAGUGCUCACUAAUACAGACUUAGACAGAUUUGUGAACAAUAUUUGAGAAAAAUAGGCCUUUUGUGUACAAAGAAAAAGUCUUAGAUCAUGAAAAAUGGGGCAAAAACAAGUGUUGCGUUUAUAAUUUUUUGUUCAGUGUAGUCAGGGCCGGCGUAGGGGUGUGCGAGCUGUGCGGCCGCACAGGGCGCCGUGGAGCAGUGGGGGCCAUGUGGCUGACACAGCUCACACAUGGCCGGCUAAACGGGUGGAGGAUUUCAUUAUUCUCCACCCGGGCUUAGAAAAAAACUCCCAGCAUUGCGGUGGGGGCGGGGCUUACCUUGUGGCGGGGGCAGAGCUAAAAUGACGGCUGCAUGGGAAGCAGGAAGGAGUCCCUGCUUCCCCAACAACCAGACCCCAGGAGCUGCACUGCCUCCCCUUUUCCCAGACCGUAAAGGACAGAGGUAACCAUGUAUGACUGUCUGUUUGUGAGUGUGUGUGAGUAUGUGCAACUGUCUGCCUUUGUGUGUGUGAGUACUUGUGUGUGUGGCUGUCUGCCUGUGUGUGUGUGUGUGGCUGUCUGCCUGUGUGUGUGUGUGUGUGUAGCUGUCUGCCUGUGUGUGUGCGUAUGACUGUCUGCCUGUGUGUGAGUACCUGUGUGUAUGGCUGUCUGCCUGUGUGGCUGUCUGCCUGUGUGUGUGUGUGUGCGCCUGUGUGACUGUCUGCCUGUGUGUGUGUGGCUGUCUGCCUCUGUCUGUGUGAGUACCUGUGUGUGGCUGUCUGCCUCUGUCUGUGUGUGUUUGAAUACCUGCCUCUGUGUGUGUGACUGUCUGUGUGUGAAGCUGUCUGUGUGUGUGUGUGUGUGUGUGUGUGUGUGUGACUGUCUGCCUCUGUGUAUGUGACUGUCUGCAUGUAACUGUGUGUGUGUGUGUGUGUGAGACUGUAUGUGUGGCUGUAUGUAUGUGACUGUCUGUCUGUACCUGUGUGUGUUUGUCAUUGUCUGCCUGUAACUGUGUGUGUACAUGUGUGUUACUGUCUGAUUGUAAUUGUGUGUGCGUGUGACUGUCUGCCUGUAACUGUGUGUGUGACUGUAUGUAACUGUGUGUUACUGACUGUAUGUAACUGUGUGUUACUGUCUGCCUGUAACUGUGUGAGUGUGUUUAUCUGCCUGUAACUGUUUGUUUCUGCCUGAUCCUGUGUAUUUGACAGUAUCUAUGUAUAGCUGUGUGCAUCUGACUGUGGAACUGUGUGCAUGUGACUCUGCAGUCUGACACAUCUGGCAUGCACUUCUGUUGACUGUAGACCAUAAGUAGCUGUCUUCCUAGCUCCGGCCAAUCAAAUUACUGCCGCAGAUUACCACAGGACACUGCAAGUCCCUGAGCUUGCGAGACAGUUACCAAUGGUCUGCACCCAGAUCAGCAUUCCCCUCUCCCAACUAGGUAACAACAGGAAAUGAGGAAUUAAUAUUUGUUUUUAAAUCAUUAUUUAUUUAAUACACUAUAAAAAGAAUGAUGGGGGGGGGGGGGCACUGCGAAAAAGAUUCGCACAGGGCGCCUAAGGGCCUAAGUCCGGCCCUGAGUGUAGUUACAAUUUAUCUCGUACAAUUUCAAUAUGGACAAGGAAUUGCAAAAACAUAUACACAUGCAGACAUAUAUACAUAUCUUGUAAUAUUAAUGCUAGUAAUUUAGUGUUUAUUGUAUCUCCAUCUGUACAUCAGAUAUUACUUAAAUAUUCGUUUGUCUCUUUUAUAAGCAGACUUAUAUCAUAGACAAUUACUAACAAAAAAAGAAUCACAAAUUGUGCUGAAAGAAAAGUAAAAUCUAGAAAAUGAUCAAGGCGGUCCUAAGAAGUCAUUAAUUGUUCCCUAGUUUUGUGACCCAUAUAUGUUUUAUACCCUCUGUGCCCAUUUCGAGUUUCCAAGUCAAAGUUACUGUAAGAACUCUAUAUUGAUUACACCUUCCCUCUCACCUUAAACACCAAUCUAUAUAAUAGAGCUUAUUUAAAAAUGUUUUAAUCUCUUGCUGUACACCUAGCACAGAAAUGAUUUUUACAUCUGUCACAAUUUAUCUUUUCCAAAGACGUCUUAUUAGACUCAUCUGCAACUAAGAACUCCCACAAAUGGCUUAAGGUGCAAGGGCCAUAUUUUUACUUCUUUUGUAAGGAACACCUUCAGCAUUCUGAAUAUGUAUAGCAGAAUGCAUCAUAAUUAGAGAUGUCGCGAACGGUUCGCCACGGUUCGCGGCAAACUCCGGUCAGCUGACACAUCCCAGCCAAUCUCCAGCAGACCCUCCCUCCCAGACCCUCCUACUUCCUGGACAGCAUCCAUGUUGAAGGCAGCUUCAACAUGGAUGCUGUCCAGGAGGUGGGAGGGUCUGGGAGGGAGGGUCUGCCGGAGAUUGGCAGGGAUGUGUCAGCUGACCGGAGUUCGCCACGAACGGUUCGUGGCGAACCGUUCGCGAGAAAUUCGCUGAUGGUUCGCGACAUCUCUAAUCAUAAUUCGUCUCAGGAUGAUUAUUCAUUUAUUUUGAAUAUGGCUCUAAGCAGAGAAUUGUUUCCUGACGGCAAACUGUCGAUUAGCAUUUCAAAUAAAAACCAAAAUGUGCUUAGUUAGUAAGUUUGCGAAAAAGUACAUAUAAAUGCCCUUUGGGUUCAAUAUUUUACACCUGGCCAAAGGGACAGAGCUGGAUGUUUGGCCUCAUAUGAAAGAAUCAAAUUUUCAGCUUUUUCUGUGAUCUGAUACAUAGCACAUAGCAGCCAAAAUAAAGAGACACUCCAGGCAUCAAAACAACUUCAUCUAAAUGAAGUUGUUAUGGUGCCAGGAGGCCCCUGUUGGCCCUUUUGAAGUUGUUAUGGUUCCAGGAGGCCCCUGUUGGCACUCUUACCUCAACCGUUUAACCCCAACAGGGUUAACCCGAACAGUUUAACCACAAAGUUGCCUCCAGUAGGGAUGUCCAUUCUCCCUCAGGAGGCAUCCAGCUUCUGCAUUUUUAGAUUCAGGAAUUGUGGAGUGCUGCUGGACUCUCAGACCAUCAGUGACUACACAUUUACUAAACUGGCUUGGAUCAGCAGCUUCACUGCCCUAGAGCACUCAACACUUCCUGAAUCUGAAAAUUCAGAAGCCAGAUGCUGCCUGGGGGAAGUGGACAAUGCUGGAGAAAUGGACAAUGCUCCUGGAGGCAACCGAGAAUGGUUUAACCCCUUGAGGUAAGAGUGUCUCCGGAGACCUCAUGGGGGUUAAACCGUUCUCGGUUGCCUCCAGGAGUAUUGUCUACUUACCCCAGGUGGCAAUUAAGUUGUUUUGGUGCCUGGAGUGUCCCAUUAACCCUGAUAAUACACACAUAUAAGCAUGCUAGACUAAUAUUACAUCUUGGUUUGUAGGAGCAAUAUAUUUUUGUGCAUCGCUGUAUUCUUGAAAAGAUAAUGCAAGAGAAGGAAUAUAGCAACCACAAAU